GCGAAGAGGAAAGGCUUGCGAGUAGUGAGCGAGCACACAAUGCUAAAGGAAUGCUGAAGACACAGAACCUGGACAACCGACGGUACAACCCGGGCAGCGAGGUCGACCGCAUGCGGCAGAACUCCCAAAACUCAGGAUGAGGCCUAGGAGGAAGCACUCUUGUGUGUCCCUGUUACCGACCAUCACGGAGGUGCAGGAGGGCGUGGGUCACUUCUUCCACACCCAGUCCCUGGACGACUACAAGGACUCCAUGCGGGGGCUCUCCCAGCCGUCCUGCUACCACCCUCACCCCCCGCAGUCCUGCCCACAGCGCCCUGCCAAGAUGCCCACACCGCGCCAAGCCAAGUUCCCGUCGUCAGGGUCAGUGGCUGCGGUAGUGUCGGUGGCGUCGUCCCCGGUGCCGGCUAACCCGCAGAUGACGCUGGCCCUGGUGGCGCUCGGUCCGGAGAGCAUCUCCCUGACGCUGGCGCCGUCCGAGUCGGCGUGCGGGCGUGCACUGUGGUGGCCCCACCAGGACCCGCUGGGCUGGCUGUUCACCCAGUCACAGGGCGCCGGCACUGCGGUCACCGCCGGCACCGCGCUACGGCUGGUGGACGAUGUGCAGGACUCGGUGUGUUUGGUCUGAAGGACGUCUGCCUUGGAAAACGGAUGAGUGUUGCGUGUUCACGCAGUGCUUACCACCAGGAGAAGCCUGGAGAGUGCUUUUGAAGUAUUCAAGGCCAACAACAACAACAACUUGCAUUUUAUAUAGUGCUUCAUGAUGGCACCCAAAGCGCUUUACAGUGAAGAAGAGGGUAACUCACUAACCAUUGACUGACACAAAUGCCUGCUGUUUCAUUUCGAGAGAGGGAGAUGUGGAUGUUCGUUAUCUUUAUUUCGGUGAAGCAAAAAAGACUAACGCUUUGAUAUUACAUCUUCAUCAGAAUUUGCUGUUUCAUUGCAACCUUUUCAAAGUUCAUGGAUGUUAUGGAACUCUAAUAU